AUGCUACCACAGUUCAACGCGCAGGACUUGUACGGCGGUUCGACAUCGACCGCAAGUUCGUCCCUGGCGCUUGCCGCCGCCGCUGGUUCGCACAGUCUAGCGCACAGUAGCGGCGGUUCGGUCGGAAGCGGCGGCGGUCACAGUCCCUGCACAGCUUCACCGCUACUGCAGGCGCCGACGGCAACCGCUACACGGCCUACGAAAGAGGAAGACUUGUCUGUGGGUCGUAGGUCCGCAGAAGGUCCUUCUCAAGAAAGCGAUUGUUCGAGUAGUCCGGACAGUCCCGUUCCCGGGAGUAGUUCAAGUAGUGGAGCCCGAGCCCAAUACGUUUCAGCCAGUUGUGUUGUUUUUACGCAUUAUUCUGGGGAUGCUGCCAGUAGUGUAGAUGAACACUUCAGCAGAGCCCUUAGUUUUUCAGAAAAAAAUGCCAAAGAUAUAUCUCCCAUGACAUCCCGCAACUUUCCACCAUCAUUCUGGAACAGUCAGUAUCAACCGCCUCCCGUAACGCUAGCGCCCGCUUCCCAUGGCGAUUUGUACGCGGCGGCGGCCGCAGCCGAGGGUUACGCAGCUCACCACGCGGCGGCCGCGCACCACUUACAACAACCUGAUCCUUGGACGCAACAUUACACGGCAGCCGCCCAAUAUCAUCAUCAUCAUCACCAUCAUCACCAGCGGGCGAGUGCGUUGCACGAUUAUCAUCAAACGAUGCAACAGCACCAUCAUAUGGCUGGUGUGCAACAUGCAGCUGUGCAGUAUCCAGGGUUGCUGCUGCCGCAGAGGUUGCCGCAACAGUAUGGUCAUAGUUCGAGACUCCACGAACAAGCUAGUACACAUGCGCAUGCAUUGGAAACAGCAGGCUACCCAGGUUAUCCUACUAUGGCUGGACUCGAAGCACAAGUUCAGGAAAGCUCUAAGGAUUUAUAUUGGUUUUAA